AUGGGUGGUGGUGGGAUUUGCCCGGUUGUUGCGGCCAAGGCACUGUCGGAGGCCGGCCGCUUCCUGAUUGGGUGGACCUCGGCCCGUGUCCAAAUCUUGGAGGCCCGACCGAUGCGCUGUUUUAAGUGCAUGGGGCUUGGACACACCCGACAGCUGUGCCCUUCUUCGGCUGACCGCAGUGGCCUGUGCUUCCGGUGUGGAAAUCCGGGGCACAAGGCCGCCGAAUGUUCGGCAAAGGACGCGCGCUGCGCUGUUUGCGCUGAAGCCGGCCGCGAUGCCAGCCAUCACAUGGGGGGUAGGAAUUGCAACCCCCCGCAAACAAGAGGGAAGACAGCCGCAGGGGUUCUGGUCCCCCUGAACCCUACUGGGUUUCCCCUCAACCCCACUGGGCAGGAGAUUCCGGGGGUCACGUGGCCAUCGUCUGCCGCACAGGACCCGCUGCCAAACCCCUCAUACCGCGGGAGCGUGGCCCCGGACUCAGUCACGGCGGAGGAAGUGGCAGCCGCUGUGGCAAAGCUGGGAGAUUGCUCAGUGGAUAAUGUGAAGGUCGGGACCCCUCGCCUAGAUCACACUGGGUUGUUGGCGGUGUACGUUCGGUGUCCCACGGCGGCUGCUAAGAGCGUGCUGGAGGGUCGUCUUCUUGUCGGCUGGGUUGCCGCCAGAGGAUGCGUCGCCGCUCUGGUAGGCGACAUUGUGAUAGUGGGGUGUUAUUUCUCUCCGAAUCGCUCUGUCGCCGAAUUCGAGACGUUCCUAGCAGAGGCCGGUACUCUGCUGACUGGGUGGGGUCGUCCCCACGAAGUGUUGGUGGCCGGAGACCUCAACUCGAAAUCGCAAUCGUGGGGCUCCCGUGUGACGGAUAUUCGUGGGGAACUAGUGGAGGACUGGUUGGUAUCGCACGGACUGGUAGUGGUGAACCGGGGAACGGUUGACACAUGCGUGCGAAUGCAGGGCGGCUCCGUUGUGGACAUUACGUUCGCGAGCCCUGCUCUAGCGCGCCGUGUCCAGACCUGGGAGGUGAUGGAGGGGGUUGAGACUCUGUCGGACCACAGAUAUGUGCGUUUCGACAUCUCUCCCCCCUUCCAGGUCCCCCCGAGUAGCACAAAUCGAGCCCCGGAAGAGAUUGGUCCGCGGUGGGCGCUGAAGCGCCUAGACCGCGACACACUGGCAAUAGCAGCACUGGUAGAGAGCUGGUCGCCGUGGUCAGAUGGAGCAGAGCCAGGCCGCGAAGUUGAGUGGUUCAGGGAGGCCAUGUCGCACGUGUGCGAUGCGGCGAUGCCCAGAGUAAGGGUGCUGCCGCCUCGCACAGCAGUGCACUGGUGGUCUCCAGAACUGGCUCGACUAAGAGAGGCGUUUGUAGCCGCAAGGCGCUGCUAUUCUCGACACCGCAGGCGAAGAAACCGGGACGAGAGUCAGGACAGUCCGCUGUAUGCGGUCUAUCAGGAGGCCAAAAAGGCGCUCAGGGGUGCGAUUGGGGCGGCGAAAAACGCUGCCUGGGAGGAGCUCCUCUCCACCCUAAACCAGGAUCCGUGGGGGAGACCAUAUCGGCUUGUUAUGAGCAAGCUGCGCCCGUGGACUCCCCCGCUUACCACCACCAUGGAUCCUGGUCUACUGAGCAAUGUGGUUGAGGCCUUGUUUCCAGCAAGAGAGGAAUGGGUUCCUCCAGUGUGCUUCAGCUCGGAAGGAGUCAGUGGAGACGAGGCACCUGAGGUCACGGAGGGUGAAUUGGGGGCAGCCAUACUUCGCCUUCGGGUGACAGCCGCUAUUGCUGCCACCCGACAAGGGAGUCCCACAUAA